UUCUAAUCUCGAGUAUAUUUUCAUAUUUGAUAAUUUUACGGUCGUGAUCAAUUUCCCAACAAGAGCUUUCACGCUUCGUGAUCAAUUUCCCUACAAGUGACUUAUAAAUAUUUUCCUUCUGUAGCCUUUUCCAUGGGGCGAUGGGCGCCACACCUUGUUCCAUAAUCCCGAGAGAAAUCCAAUAUCUCCACACGGUUACGAGGUAGAAGAUCCAAACGCUAAUUUUCUACAUAUUUCCUCUUGAAAGUCGCUUCGUACAGUAUUCCUGACCACACGUGUUAUUCAAGGGCCGGAUGCGCUUUAUCCGGUGAACCAAUGAAAAUAAUGCAGUGAUUAUUACUGACUGACUGCAUUCGAUCCUCGUAACUUCGUUUCCCAUUUUAAUAUCACGUACCUCUGCCAUUCUAAUAACCAAGUAUACUGUAUAAAGGUUUUUCAAAUCAAACUACGUUUUAUUAUAUUUCUAUAAUUAAUGCAACCUUUUGGAAAAUUUAUUCUAGCCGGUUCAAGGAUCAUAGAUUAUUCCUCACAAAGAUCUCAGGAGUGAAUAAAAAAUAUCCAAGACACGAUUGGACCACAUUAAUGGCUAAGGACAUAACAACGCUACAAAAGUACUUCUGUACGCCUGUUUUCUAACACCGUUUCUCGUCUUUUUAAUGACAUCUCAAGAAGAGUUCCAGAUAUAUAAAACAACCGUACAGUCACCAAUUUCUUUCCAAGUUGGUCAGCGAACGAAACACGUGGAUCCUCGGAUAGAAGGUCAACGUUGGACAAGCACACAGUCUUUCUCGAGCAUAUUCUUGCUCCUUCUUCCAUUGCCCGAAGAAAUCUUUUGCUUACGUCACGGUAUACAUGUGCAUAUCAUGUUAGCAGGUUCGUUCAACAUGUUCUGACGUCAAUCGGCGUGUAUCCUGAUCGUCUGUUACUAGAACGUAGUAUUGCGAUUCCAUUUAUUAUCCAACAUAUAAAAAAAACAACGUAUUUUCGCCAGACUAUCAGAAACUUCAACGCUUCGUUACCUGUUAUGUGCUAUACCUUUUUUUAAACAAGGCAUGAAUUUCAGAGGCAAUAUCUUGAAAGAGAUUUUAAAGGUUUUAAAUUUUCCAAUUCUAAAAUGAACUCUUCGAAUAAACUUUCGAGUAAACUUUCAAAUGGAGUAAUAAGAGCAUCCUCUCUUAAUUUGUGAAUAGGCGUGUCGUUGAAGGUGAGGGUUAAAAUAGGUCGACGGGGUCGUUAGAGUUUUAUAGAAAAAAACCAGAGGUCAGAGGUUAUCAAGGAUGCGUCAAGGUCAAUUUUGAUUCGAUUUUCUGUUUCUUUUCUUUUCGGCAGAAUCUUACAUAGAACGUCGUGUGUAUUCGCUACGAAAUUCUUCGUUAAAAUUAAAGUUUCCAAGUCUUCAACCUCGGAGAAACGUUCCAGCCGAUAAAAAUGACACCGAUCCGAACAGAUUAUUUUUUUUCCUUGGCAUUUAAAGCUUCCAUCGAGCGAUCUGGCGCUCGCUUUUGUGCCGACUCGCAGGGAGAGCCCCGUCACUAACCUUUCGCAAUUCUUUUGAACAGACGAAUUUUAUUCUUUAUCCCUUUCAUCUUUCGCAAAUAAGCCGAAUUCGUUGGCGUAACGCGCGUUCGCUUGAUAACAUCGUUGAUUUGCAUUAGGGAAUAUUGGAAAAGCGUUUUAUCCAGCUGAUUCCUUUGGCUAAAAUGUCAAAGGUCAGUUUCCUUCAUCGGUCACGCACAGGAACGCUCAAUGGCAACGUACUGGGUGCUCCUAUGAAUUUUGAUAUAAUUACAUGUGCAUUGUAUUUUGAAUAUUUUGCUCAUUAAAAUACAUAUCUUGUUUUGCAUGUUGUGAUGUAAUCCCAUGUUCAUUAUUAUUGUACCUAGACACGUUCUAUUUCGUUGUUUAACCUCCCUCUUUUCUUUCUUCUUUUAAUUAUUUUUUGUUUCUCUAUCAAUGUACAUUACUUACGGCUAUUAUCUAGUGUGGAGUACAAUCACGAUCAAGCUACAAUUAUCUAUCAUUUUUCAACGCCGGCCGAUUAAUUGUCAUCGAUAAUCUCUCGAGCAGCGAGAUCGUUAUUUUUAAUUUCCCCUACAAGCAAUGUUCUCUGUUGUAACGAGACUUACGAGACAAGAUCUAUAAAAAAAAAAGUAAUUCUCGGGAAAGAGGGUUUGAUAGAGGUGUCGCUCAAGAAUAAAUAAGCCCCGUCUCAUUUACCCUUUCGGUGAACAAAGAGCGGCUUUGGACUUUAACCAUUUACAACGCGGAAGAGAAGAAUCUUAUCUCGGCAAAUGAUGUAUUUUCUUUCUUUCUCUGGGCGUUGUACUAUCGUCGUUUUUUAAAGGCAAAUACCGGCAAGGAGUCGGCAUGGUGCCCAACGAUUCAAACCCCCGACAAUACGCAAUCCUGCCGGCGAAUGUGUCGGUCUCUCUUUCAUGGGAGCCUGUUGGUGUUAUGGCGCAUCUGGUCUCGCGUUUUCUUGCUCGCUCGGGGGUCGAUCAAUAGGCUAGGGAGGUGGCGGAGGCGGCUCUUCUCACAGUGAUGGAUCAAAAAAUUUGCAAUUCAAAGUCCUCUAUCAUCGAAGGGUGAGAUAUUGUUUGAAAUCUUCGAGUCGAACCAUUUCUUGCAUUCCCUUUUUCAUCACCAAUCUCGAGGAAAGUGUUUCGUUGCCUUCCACCUCCUAUGUAAAUGCAAGUUCUUUUUUAGAUAUUUGCUAUUAAUUGUCACAUGAAGUACGACUAUAAAUAAGCAGAAUGGACGGAACAUUAAAUGAAUAGUUAUUUGAAUAAUUUUCAUGACGGAGCAUUGAGAGAUUUUACAGAGGGUCUGGAGGAGCUGGCUGAUAUGCGCCUUUAUUUUACAUCACUGCGUUCGGAUCACCAGGUCGUGGAGGCGGUAGGGGGCGCUCCGAUUGGUCCAGCUCGAUUUCGCGGGUUCGGGAAAUUGCGCGUGCCAUUGAGGCCCGCCAAUCGGAGCGACCUCCUCUCCGUCAGUCAGUGGCCGCGCGUUGUCCACGUAACGUCGUCACAUUUUUGCUUCGUGUCUAUCCUUUACGAUCCUUGGAUAAAUCCUAGAUCGCCUUGAUCUUUUCCAGUGUGAUCACGCUGAUGGUAUCAUGAAGUUGAACCACAAAGAGGAAGAAGCAACAGCCUUCGAACGAUCUGUGUCUUUCGUCAGAGUGGACCGAGGAUAAGCAACAACGUAUGCAAAAUGUUGAUAAAAGAAUAUCGAAUACCGCUGCCCCUCACCGUCGAGGAAUAUAAAAUUGCUCAGCUUUACAUGAUAGCGAAAAAAUCUAGGGAAGAAAGUCAAGGAGCAGGCAGCGGCGUAGAAAUUAUAACAAACGAGCCCUACAAUAAUGGUCCAGGUGGAAAUGGACAAUAUACCCACAAGAUUUAUCACGUGGGCAGUCAUCUUCCAGAAUGGUUCAAGAGUUUGCUGCCCAGAUCCGCAUUGAUCGCCAAGGAAGAAGCAUGGAACGCUUAUCCCUAUACGAAAACCCGUUACACUUGUCCCUUUGUUGAAAAGUUCUCUAUUGAAAUAGAAACACACUAUUUUCCUGACAAUGGUUAUCAAGAGAAUGUUUUCAAUCUCAGUGGUAGCGACUUGAGAAAUAGAAUCAUAGAUGUAAUUGACAUCGUGAAAGAUCAAUGCGACUAUGUGAAGGAUGAGGAUCCUAAAACAUACGUGUCUCAAAAAACCGGACGAGGACCUCUUACGGAAUCAUGGUUAGAGGAGUACUGGUCCGACGUAAAAGGGAAACAACAACCGACGCCAUCCGGGAAAUCGUUAAUGUGCGCGUACAAGUUAUGCCGUGUGGAGUUUCGAUAUUGGGGUGUGCAGACAAAACUAGAAAAGUUUAUACACGAUAUAGCCUUGAGGAAAACUAUGGUCAGAGCUCACAGACAAGCUUGGGCUUGGCAAGAUGAAUGGAAUGGUUUGACCAUGGAAGAUAUUCGGGAGAUUGAGCGACAAACGCAACUGGCAUUGCAAAAGAGAAUGGCUAACGCAGAAAGUGGUGAAGAAACCACGAAUGACAAUCAAGACAGAACUGCUUCAAACACGACUCCACAAGAGUCGAACGUUGCCACAACAUUAGCUGCCACACUUGGGAGCAUCGAGAAAAACGAAGAUCCUCAAAGUCCUCCGAGUGCUAGAAAAUCGACUGAUAUACCUACGAAUACAGCUGGUAGUUCAGAGGGUGAAGUUAGUCCUGAAGAUUCACCUACCGAAGUACCCGAGCAUAGAAGCGCUCCUACUGAAGAGAAAGCAGAUGCGAAAAAGGGAUGGAAGAAAAACAAGACGGUGAUGAGUUCGCCGUGCUCGAACAAAAGUUUCGAUAUGCAAAUGGUGAAUUGGCGCAUGGAAAGUAUCGUGAGAGAAUCCGAAUCUGGUAGUGAAGAUGAGUUUUUUGAUUGUCAAGAGAACUUUGGAGAUAACGCUUCAUUAUCUAAAUGGAGUUCUUUGGAUCUUCUAGCAGAAGAGGAGGACAAUACGUUCACUUCGCCUACCAUGACUAGCAAAGAAGAUGACACGAUUUUUUCUCCUUCGUACCUGCAACGUAUGGCUAGUGAACGUAGCAGUAAAAGAUUACAAAUCUCUACAUCAGCCAGCAUCGAUGCCUCGUGUCCAGCUUCACCUCAACAUUCGCCAACUCAUCAACCAUGCAAAACUACUGUCCUUCUUAUUGUGAUGCAUGCUGGAAGUGUACUAGAUGCGAACGUUGACCUAACGGCGAAGAAAUCGGAUAUUACAACUUUCAAAGGAGCCUUCGAAUCAGUUAUGAGACAACACUAUCCCAGUAUGGUCGGGCACGUUGCCAUUAAAUUUGUUUCUUGUCCAUCCAUUUGCACUGAAGGUCUGGGUAUUUUAUCGAGUCUAAGUCCUUACAGUUUCGAUGUGUCGCCUUCGUCUAUGGAUGCUCCUCAAGUGACACACGAUACUAUUCCGAUUGGCGCUAUACCUUUGCUUGCUAGUUCUACUCCUGAAUAUCAGGACGCUGUCUCACGAGUUAUAAUCGGGGCAAAUCAAGUUUAUCACGACUUUAUUAGAAGUGAAGAGGGUCGUGGUUUUACGGGACAAGUUUGCUUUAUUGGAGAUUCAGUAGGAGCGAUUUUAACUUAUGACGCUUUGUGCAGAUUAACUCACUCUAGACAUAAUAGCGAGAACAAUAUCUUGGAUAAUCAGGGCAUUGAGAAUACGAACGCCGAAGAUGGUAGACACUUGACUGCACCUUCUCCUAGAAGGAAAUCUUCUAGUUUAAGCGAUGGCUCGCAUUGUAAAUUGGAUUUCGAAGUAGGAGAAUUUUUCAUGUUCGGUAGUCCACUUGCUCUAGUACUGGCAUAUAGGAAAAUUUCCUCAGAUAAAACUAGUAAUAUAAAAAGACCGUUGGUGAACCAGGUGUAUAAUUUGUUCCAUCCUACUGAUCCUGUAGCUGCUAGAUUAGAACCACUGAUUUCUGCAAAGUUUUCUCUUCUUCCGCCUGUGAAUAUAGCUCGGUAUCAAAAAUAUCCACUAGGAAAUGGACAGCCUUAUCAUCUGUUGGAAGCUAUUCAGUCAAAUCCACAAUUAUUUACUGAUGGACUAAAUAUUCCAAAUAUGCAAAUGUUCCACUUGAGACGAUUGUCCGAUAUAUCAAUUCACAUAACGCAAAAAUGGUGGGGCACUAAGAGAUUAGAUUAUGCUCUCUAUUGUCCAGAGGGUUUAGCAAACUUCCCCACAAACGCUUUACCUCAUGUUUUUCAUGCUAGCUAUUGGGAAUCUUCUGAUGUUAUUGCAUUUAUCUUACGACAAUUGGGCAGAUUUGAUUUGCCACUUCUCACCGAAGAGAAAGAAUUAACUUGUUUCCGUCCAGGUCAACCUAGAGAAAAAUGGAAUAAGAAACGUACUUCCGUUAAACUUAAGAACGUUGCUGCCAAUCAUAGGGCAAAUGACGUUAUCGUUAAAGAAGGGGUACCACAAGUGCUGGUUGCUAGGUUUAUGUACAGUCCAAUUGACGUUAUCGCUUUAACAGGCGAGAAAGUUGACAUUCACAUUAUGAAAGAUGCUCCAGCAGGGGAAUGGAUACAUUUGUCAACUGAAAUAACUGAUAAAAAUGGUAGAAUAACAUAUAAAAUACCUGAUGAUAAAGCAUUGGAAUAUGGACUUUAUCCAAUUAAAAUGAUUGUUAGGGGUGAUCAUACAUCUGUAGAUUUCUUCUUGGCUGUGAUUCCACCAAAAACAGAAUGCGUAGUAUUUAGUAUAGAUGGCUCGUUUACUGCGAGUAUGUCAGUGAGCGGGAAAGAUCCGAAAGUUAGAGCUGGAGCUGUCGAUGUCGUCAGGCAUUGGCAAGAACUAGGAUACUUAAUUAUAUAUAUUACUGCAAGACCUGAUAUGCAACAGCAAAAAGUUGUUUCUUGGUUGUCUCAACACAAUUUUCCUCAUGGUCUUGUGUCCUUUGCGGAUGGUCUUUCAACGGAUCCACUUGGUCAUAAAGCUGCGUACUUACAUAAACUAGUACAGGAACACGGUGUAAUAAUUCAUCAUGCAUACGGCAGUAGUAAGGAUAUCAGCGUUUACACCGCGAUCAAUCUCAAGCCAAAUCAAAUUUUCAUCAUUGGAAAAGCAUCAAAGAAGCACCACUCUUUGGCAACAAUCCUUCAUGAUGGUUAUGCUGCUCAUUUGAGUAUGCUACAGGCGCACGGAGGUUCGAGACCUGCUCAGGGUAAUGCACGUAUGGUGAUUCCAAGAGGUCAGUUCGGUUUACCCGGACAAAACGCUUCUCUACGGCGAAGAAGAUGUUUUGGUUGCUGCAGAAUGGUGGAAAUGUGCAUAUGCGAUAAAUGUUGUCCUCUAGAAAGAAGAAUGCAGAAUGGGCGUAAGGCAUUUCGCAGAAUAAUAGAGAGAAUUCUAACGUACCUGUUAUGAAGAUACAUUACGCAACGUAGUCGAUAUCUCAUGCUCUCGACAAGAGCCGCCACCAUUCUCAACGCUCAAACUUAAUGUUUUAUCUAUCAACCAUACACAUGUCCAGAAUUUGUGGUUAAUCAACUAUGAAUGUCUAGAUGUACACAGACUUAAAAACUCUUUUAGGCUGGUGAAGCGUGCAGUAUCGCAACCAACUCCAAAUAAGAUGAUACAUCCAUUGGAACGAUCAACGAGUGUCGGGCCUCCAAUUUCACAGCAGACUACUCAGACCGCGUCAACCAUAAGAUCUACCGCGCCAGAAAAACUCUGACGAUUCGCACGCUGCCGGUCGUUCUUCGAGCCCCGGCAUUAGUUUAUAUAUAUUUAACUGUGAAACUGUACGAGGAUAGUUCGGAGAGGAAGUCCUCGUAUAUUUCGACCGACACGUGCUCAACAAUCUAAAGAAGAUAAUUCUACUUUGUUACUCCGCCUUUUUAUAUCCUCUCUGUAUACCUGUAUUGUAAAUUUAAAAAAGAAAAAAAAAAAGAAGAAGGAGAAGAAAGAACGCGACUUGAUACGACUCGAUGUUGUAUAAAACGCGAAUA